AUGAUGAAGGCACAGCUUGAGCAGCCUCAGGGGCAAUACAACUCCCCGGCCGCGGGGUCCGGCACCUCGACACUACCGAAACUCAAAAACCGCGCCGGCGAGAGCGACAGCCCAUACGUUCGCCUUCAUGCAUCUACACCUGUCGCGUGGCAACCGCUUGAUGCCGACACCCUCGCCCGGGCGACUGCCGAGAACAAGCCGAUAUUCAUGCACAUUGGUUUCCUGGCGGAUCAUCUUUGUCGCCUUUCAACACAAGACAGCUUCUCCCAUUCCGCCAUAGCGUCGUUACUCAAUACUUCAUUCAUACCGGUUAUCAUCGACCGCGAGGAACGUCCGGAUUUAGAUACGAUCUAUCAAAACUAUUCCGAAGCUGUCAACGCGACUGGGGGUUGGCCGCUCAACUUGUUCCUCACCCCGGACCUGUACCCUAUUUUUGGCGGCACCUACUGGCCGGGUCCGGGUACCGAGCACAGCACUGAUGUAGCCGCUGUCCUGGGUCAGUCGGGCCGGAACAAGGAGGGGAUCUCCGGUGACGGGGCCGGUGAAGAGUCAUACAACGAUUUCCUAGCGAUUGCAAAGAAGAUCCACAAGUUCUGGAUAGAGCAAGAGGAAAGAUGUCGACGAGAGGCGUUCGAGAUGUUGCACAAGUUGCAAGACUUUGCACAAGAGGGCACGUUUGGGACGGCGCAACCCAUUGACACCCCUCCAUCGUCCAAUCCUGUCUCAUCUGGUAGCUUGGCCACUGUGGGCUCAACUCCAAUUCAGGUCGUGGAUGAUGCUGGGGACUUGGAUCUUGACCAGUUGGAUGAGGCACUGGCACGCAUCAAGAAAAUGUUCGACCCUAAGAAUUAUGGAUUCGGCACUCCCAAAUUUCCAAAUCCUGCGAGAUUGUCCUUCCUCUUGCGCCUGGGACAAUCUCCGGAAGAAGUUAUUGGCUUUCUUGGAGAAGAUGAGGCAUCUCACGCGGUCUGGAUGGCAGCCCAGACAUUGCGUAGUAUCCGGGACGGCUCGCUGCACGACCAUGUGGGAUCAGGGUUCAUGCGGUUUAGUGUAACCAGCAACUGGAGCCUACCGCAUUUCGAGAAAACCGUGCCCGACAAUGCUCUCCUCUUGGGCGUCUUCCUCGAUGCGUGGUUGGGCUUCGCCCGACUACACAAAAAACCGCCAACAAUCUACGACGAGUUCGCCGACGUCACCCUGGAGCUGGCGGAUUACCUCACCAGCCCCACCAUUCGGCUAGAAAACGGCGGUUUUAUUUCUAGCGAAGCAUCCGAUUCGUACUACCGCAAGGGUGAUCAACACAUGCGGGAGGGCGCGUUUUACACCUGGACCCGGCGUGAGUUUGACCAGGUGGUUGGUGGGGACGACCAUGCGGGAACGGUAGCAGCCGCAUAUUGGGACGUCCAGGAAGACGGGAACGUGUCUAGGGACCAGGACCCCUUUGACGAGUUUAUCAACCAGAACAUUCUGUCCGUCAAGGACUCUACUGCCGUGCUGUCGAGGGUGCAUGGGAUGCCCGAAACCGAGAUUAAGAAUCUCAUUGACCGUGCCCGGGAGAAGCUGCGGGCGCACAGAGAAGCCGAACGGCCCCGUCCAGCGAGGGACGAGAAAGUGGUGGUUGGCACCAACGGCCUUGUGAUCGGGGCACUAGCGAGGGUUGGGGGUGCCAUUUUAGACCUGGACCCGAAGAAGGGGGACCAGUACAUCCAGGCUGCCCGAGACGCUGCCAACUUUAUCAAGAAAACUCUCUGGGAUAGUACGGGUAGCACGACCAACCCGCUGCCUCGAUUUUACUACGAGAAGGCGAGCCAAGUUCGCGCUUAUGCGGAUGACUACGCCUUCCUGAUUGAAGGGUUGCUCGAACUUUACGCGGUUACGUUUGAAGGGGAGUGGUUGUUCUGGGCCAAAGAGUUGCAAGACGUCCAAACACGACUCUUUUAUGACUUCCCUACCAUUUUUUCAAACCGCAAGGAUACUAGCGACCCUUCCUCGCGGCAAGCCCGCUCGGGUGGUUUCUACUCCACCGAGCUCGAGACUCUCAGCCCUACCAUCCUCCGUCUCAAGAGCGGCAUGGACAAGUCGCUCCCAUCGACCAACGCUGUCUCGGCGCUCAAUCUCUUCAGUUUGGGCACACUGCUCGAUGAGGAGAAAUACAACUCCCAGGCUAAGCACACGAUCAGCGCGUUCGAGGCCGAGAUUCUGCAGUACCCUUGGCUAUUUGUUAGUAUGCUGGCCGGUAUCGUCACGGCGCGGCUCGGCGUGACGAAGGUGGUGGUUGCGACAGGCGAUGAGGAUACGCUGAGGAAAUGGUAUACCACGCCAAGGGCAGAAACGAGAGCGCUAGUGCUACUUAAGGGCGGAAAGGGAAAGGAGAAGGUGCCUGGGCUUGAUGACGAGGCCGAUGCCGAGCGGAAUUUUGGCAAGUGGUUGGGAGACAAGCUCAAGGAGGGGUUGAAGAUUGAGGGCGAGGGUGAGAACGGAGAGCAGAAGGGAAAAGGGGGAUUGAAGUGA